UGUCAAAAAAUUCGCAUUAACAUGAUAAGCCGCUUAUCAUCAUGAGUUAUGCAAAUUUUAGGGUAAGUUUUUAUUUUGCCAUGUACAUCAUCUCACCUGCCCCGACUGCAUCCCCGCUAGCGGAACUUCCAACAUUUUACUAUAUGCGGCUUGUUGAUUUUUGGUUUUUUAAAUUUUGAAAGUUUCUGAAAAUAAUUAAUUACUGGAAUUAAUUAAUUCUUGAAUUAUAGUAACAAAGGGUAAAAUAUGGCUUCUUCUUGAUGUUGACAAGGAGAGCUUGGAGAGCUCAAAAUAAAGGGAGGAAACUGACCGUGCAACUGAUAAUAAUAGCAAUUUGAUAAAAGUUACAAAAACUCCAAGAAAUAGAAUCUUGUCGACGACAUACUUUUCGUCAUAAUGGGCGACAAGGAAUCCUCCGCCACGGGCACCGUCCUCUUCGUCGAUUCCAUCAAAUCGAUGGCGGAAUCCGUCGGGGUUGCAAAUUUAGAGGACGAAGCAGCCAAAGAACUCGCGGAAGAUGUCUCGUACCGAUUAAAACUUGUGGUGCAGGAUGCCGUCAAAUUUAUGGAGCAAGCUAGACGGACAAAACUCACCCCAGCGGAUAUCGAUUAUUCUCUAAAAAUUAAAAAUAUAGAGCCUCUCUACGGCUUCCAAGUCGACACGUCGACCCCUUUCCGUUUUGCGUCUGGUGGAGGUCGCGAACUCCACUUUAUGGAAGAGAAAGAAGUCGACAUUCAUGACGUCGUUGGCGCCCCCAUCCCCAAAAUCCCGGCCGAUAUAGUCAUCCGUUCCCACUGGUUGGCUAUAGAAGGGAGGCAGCCAGCCAUUCCGGAAAACCCGCCCCCUCAAUCCAUCGACCUCCAGAGGAGCGAGUGUGUCGACCCGGCGUCAAAGUUGGCCAAGGGGAACAAGUCCAACGGAACGGGAUCGUACACCCCCACGGUGGGAAAACCCAUCAAGUUCAAGAGCAGUGAACAAGUCUUUGUCAAACAGUUGGCGACCCAUGAACUCUCCGUGGAACAGCAGUUGUACUACAAGGAGAUCACGGAGGCCUGCGUAGGCUCGGAAGAGACGAGAAGAACGGAAGCCCUCCAAAGUUUGACGAACGAUCCUGGUUUGUACGAAAUGUUGCCGAGAUUAUGCACAUUUAUCGCGGAAGGCGUCCGUGUUAACGUGGUUCAGUGCAAUCUCGCUCUCCUCAUCUACCUCAUGCGCAUGGUCCGCGCCCUUCUGGACAAUCAGACCCUCUACCUCGAAAAAUAUCUCCACGAGAUCAUCCCCUCCGUCGCGACGUGUAUCGUGUCCAAGCAACUUUGCGGUCGCCCCGAGCACGAUAACCACUGGGCCCUCCGCGACUUUGCUGCUCGACUUAUCGCCCAAAUUUGCAAGACGUACAAUACCUCGACCAACAAUGUGCAAACGAGGAUAACUCGGAUAUUUUGCACUGCUCUCAUUAACGAGAAGUCACCCCUCUCCUCGGUCUAUGGCUCAAUCGUUGGGCUCUGUGAACUGGGGCCGGAAGUCAUCAAAACCUUCGUCAUCCCCAAACUUAAAGAUGUCGGGGAUCGGUUAGAACUUUGUCUGGAAGGCGUGGGCCAUACUCAAGCAGAUAAAGCGUCAUGUGUCAAAAUUAGACACAUUAUUGCAAAAUACGUCGCCCCCAUCGUAAAAUCCUCCCGCCCAGCCACCGACACUUUAGAAGAUUACAAAACCGAAUUCGGCUAUUUGGCGCAAGUCUUAAAAACCCAAGACGCCAAAGCCCCUUCGUCCACUCCAGCACCUGGCAUUCUCCGCCCAACCCCGCAACAAUCCAUCCCCGCGACGCAACAACACACCUCCUCCGCCUCCAAACCCGUCAUGGGCGCACCUCCCGUCCCCGUCCGUCCUACCACCCCGACCACGCCGACGCUACCCAAGUUCACCGUGGGAAGUAACGUUGUGGUAAAUUCGUCUGGGUUGCAGCAGCAGGUGACCAUCAAUCUUGGCGAGGGGGACACCUACUCUGUCCCAACCGGAUCGGGGAUGUCGCUACGUCCUUAUAUUUCUCCACCGCUGCCACGUGCCCCCUGUGCGCCGACGACGCGACAUAUUUCUGUCAUUCGUCACACCUCUGCCUCCUCCGCCGUCGGUACGCCUAGAAUCCUUGCUUAUCCCCGGCGCAACGUGAACUUGGGCAGUCCUGUCGCUAGUAAUAGUAAUGCUCCCGCUUUCAAUUUAAAUUUCCCCAAGGUUUCUAACCCAUUUCAACCGACGACUACGACGACGGCAGUGGUGAUAACAUCGACGACGACGACGUUAACGACGAGUACUCGGAACAUUAAUGAUUGACAGGAAGUAAAAUGUUGUUGGUUCACUUGGUUGUUUGUAACUCUGUAAAUUUACGGGAAUCGUAAUUUUGCAAAAUUCGUAAUUUUGUAGAAAUUUGUACCAUGAUUUUGCAAAAAGUUUGCUCAGUUUACAAGCAUCUGAGUGAAUUGGUGGUAUUAAUUUUCUGUGUUGUAGAUUCACUUGGUUGUUUGUAACUCUGUAAAUUUACAUGGUUCAUAAUUUUGUACUAAUUUGUACCAUGAUUUUGCACAGUUUACAAACAUCUGAGUGAAUUAGUGUAUUACUUUCCUGUCGGAAUUAUUAUUAAGACGAGGAUGACGUGACUAUAAUAAUGUCGACCCGAUCUCUCCAGAAGUUGUUCAAAAGGUGUAAAUAAAUAAUAGUGACUCGUAUUAAUUUAAUUGUGUGACUUUAUAAUUAAUUAAUUAACAAUUAAUUUUAAUAAAUCGUGUGUGAAACCAAUUUUGAAGUAAUUUAAGCUAUAUUUUUACAUACAUAUAGGAGACUACGUAAAUAUUUUGCUGUGGAAAUAUUUCUGUCUAAAAAUUAGUCAUUCGUAAUCAGCUAAGUAUGUAAUUGUGUGCUAAAUAAAGAUGGAGUUAAUUAAGGGAAUCGAAAAUUAAAAACAAAACACUUUCAGGUAUUUAUUUGUUUGAUAAAUAUUUAAAAUUUGACAUGGAAUAAAGAUAACGAGUAAUUAAAAACCGUCA